CCUAAAAUUCUGGCAAAAUCGAUUUCUUCUUACUUAGCUUCCUCGACAUCGAAUUUAUCAGAAUCGCUGCCGCUUUGUACUUCGCCGCCGGAGCCGUCGUUUUUUUUCUUCUUCUUCUGAGCAUAUCAAAGAACACGAAUUCGAGCUCAGUGAUAAGUCGUAACUGCAAUGAUGAUGAUCAUGUGAUGGUUCUUGCUGUCCUGAGCCAGUAAGUUCGCGGCGAAACAGAAAGUAGACGCAUUUCAUUUUAUUACAAGCUUCCUCUGUCGGAAUGGAAACUACUCAAAGAGAUGAGCUUGCAAACUUCUUAAAUGUUCUUCCCCCUGUGGAUUUCUGUUGUGUUUAUGGUUCGACGUUGCACCCAAAUAACCAAGAUAAGUCUAAAAUGGUGGACUAUAUCCUUGGAGUCUCUGAUCCCAUGCAAUGGCACUCUGAGAAUCUGAAAAUGAAUUCAGAUCACUAUGCUUCAUGGAUGGUUCACCUUGGUGGAGCCAGGCUGAUUACGAAUGUUGCAGAUAAAGUAGGAGUUGGAGUUCACUUCAAUCCAUUUGUCAAUUGGAACGACAGGAAGCUAAAGUAUGGGGUUGUUCGGAUGCAUGAACUAGUACAGGACAUACUGGACUGGGACAGAUUCUACUUGAGUGGCCGUUUACAAAAACCGGUUCAUUUACUUGUUGAUAAUCUGGACAUAGAAGAUGUGAAUUCCGUUAAUAAGAAAGCCGCAGUAGCUGCAGCCCUUCUUCUCUUGCCAUCAAAAUUCACCGAGGAAGAUCUAUACGCCAAAAUAUGCAGCCUUUCUUACAUGGGUGACUUGCGCAUGUUGUUUGCAGAGGACACUAAUAAGGUGAACAAGAUUGUAAAGGGACAAUUUGAUCUUUUCCAGUCAAUGUAUAAGCCCUUUCUUGAAGAGUGUGAAACCAAAAACUUGCUGAGAUCCUCAUCUACUGAAGCUAGUCAAGCUAAAUUAGUUCAGGACUCUAGCCUCUCAGCAUCACGCUCUCUGGUCUCUUCUCUUCCCGCUUCAGUAAGAAGCCAAAUGGGGAAGUUACUUGGGGAGAAGAAAAUCUUGAGUGAGACCGGUAGAGUAUUGGGAGAAGUUUGUAUAGGCUCAAGAGAAGAAGCAGCGAAAUGUAUGGAGAAGGUAAUGAAGCGAAGGGUAAUGGUCUCAAGCGCAAGACAAGCUGUGUCGGGUUUCUUGGCUGCUGGAGCUAUCAAUGCAACUUUGUAUCUUUCUCAGAAAAUGCGCAAAGCUUGGAAUUCUCGGUCAUGACUUUGCCAAAAACUCCCCACGAUAGUCUAGAUGAACAAGUUGAAGAAAGUAGAUCUUGCCAGCAAAUGUUGAUCAUUCUUUCUUUUUUUUCUUCUUUUUUCGUUACUAUGUCUUCCGAUGAUCUAUAGAAGCAAAUAAAAAAAUCUCUUUGAA